UCAGAAGGAGCUCGAGCUAGCUGUGGUGGAAAGUAGGACUGAGUUUGUCCGUGUGGACACGUGAGAGAGAGAAGAGGGGUGGACAGAAGAGAGCCGGCGAAAAAUCAAAGUAGGAUGUGGAUCACCAGAAGAGCGGGCUUCUCUCAGCUGAUCAGGACGCAGAAGAAAACAGGCGUGGAGGAAAGACAAAGAAGAGGUGCACAGAGGACAGAGGACUUGCCUGAACAAGAGGCAGAGAGAGAGUUUCUGACUGAGGAGGCGUGCACUCACUCCCCAGAGGAGGGAGAGAAACACAGUCAAACCAGACACACAGGAAGAGGGUGAGGGGGAGGAGGGGGUAGAGGAGGAGGAGGAGGUAAGAGAAAACAUAAGAAAGCAGAGAGGCAAAAGAUUAACAGUUCAGAGACAGAUAGGAAGAGAGGGAGAGAGAGAGAGAGAGAGAGAGAGAGAGAGAGAGAGAGAGAGAGAGAGAGAGAAGACAGAGGAGGGGGGAGGAAGUCUGAAAACAGAGAGAGAGAGAGAGAGAGAGAGAAAGAAAGAGAGACAGAAAGCAGUGACGGGUGGGGUGUCGAGCAAGGUGAGAGGGCUUCGGACAGAAGGUGAGGGGGGCUAGCGGGUGAGGGUGUUUGCAGGAGGGGUGAGGUAUGAGGGGACAGUUCCUGAAGACACUCUUCUCUUUGGUGUUCGUUCUCCUCUUUGUGGGGAGCCUGCUGACCUCGGUUGUCUGGUACGUGUUCGACCACAGCAGCAAUGUGGAACCUCGCAGACCAUCUCCUCAGAAGAAAAGCGCCCCCGAGAAAAUAACACCGGGCAAAAAUGCCCCUGAGAAAAGUGCCACCACUCCCCGACAGCUCUGUAAAGGCUGCAGGGAGGUCAUCGACAAAGUGAACGAGCGGUAUUCUCAAACCUGGAAGAAGCAGGAGGAAAAUUACCAGAAAUUCAGAUCUCAGCUGAGCAACAAGUGCCAUGGCUCUGAGAUGGCCAUCAUCACCCAGGCCAACACCGCCGUGGGAAAAAAGAUCCAGUACGAUGGGGAGAAGAAGAGGACGCUCCAGGUGACCCCAGAGAUUUUCAGCACCUUCAUCAAAGAGCAUCCUUUCCCAAAUAAGACGUGGGACACGUGUGCAGUCGUUGGGAACAGUGGGAUCCUGAGCAACAGCGGCUGUGGACCGAUGAUCGAUGCAGCUCAGUUUGUCAUCAGGUGUAACCUUCCUCCUUUGAAAAACGGCUAUGAGAAGCACGUGGGCGUCAAGACUGAUCUUGUGACGGCGAACCCGAGCAUCUUUCUUGAAAAGUAUGGUGCUCUUAAUGGGCGUCGCCGUCCGUUUGUGGAGAAUAUGAAAACCUACGGCAACUCCCUGCUGCUCAUCCCCGCCUUCUCCUAUGGCCACAACACCGCCGUGUCCCUCCGAGUUGCUUACACCAUUGAGGACUUUGAAAGCCCCAUCCGGCCCAUCUUCUUCAACCCCGAGUACCUCCAGAGUCUGGCCGUCUUCUGGCGCUCCCAAGGCGUGCGAGCAGUGCGGCUUAGCACCGGAAUAAUCAUGGUUAGCCUGGCACUGGAGUUCUGCGCCAACGUUCAUCUGUACGGGUUCUGGCCCUUCAGCAACCAUCCACAUGGCCUCCAUGCCUUAACCAACCACUACUACGAUGACAGACAAACAAAAGUGAAAUUCCACGCCAUGCCCGUGGAGUUCGACCUCUUGUUGCGGCUGCACAGUGAGGGCGUGCUCAAGCUUCAUCUGGGAGAAUGUAAACCAGGUGAGAAGUAGUUCCCAGACCCAGGGGCAGCUGACGGGGACCGGAGCAAAGUGCCUUCUUUGUAGCCUCAGGAAGAAGCCAGCCAAUCAUGAAGUCCGUCAAUAAACUUUUUUAAUGACUGGACGGAUCUAGUUUGGCCGGUGACACAGACCAGGUGUGUCCAAGCACAGCAGAUGCUUGGACACGCUGUGCGGCCAAGACAUUUGCACUGAAUUCAAAAUGCAGCAAUCCUAAGACUGCGAACAGUCUGUAAACAGUCUUAUAAAAAUGUAUUUAUGACCACAAAUGCUCCAGCUGGAGUCUGGAGGGAGCUGUUUUGAUUGAAAACGGGAAUCCUUUGUGAGGCCUUUAACUACAUUGUAGUGCCUUAUGCUAAUCAAUAAUGAAUAACUGACCAUCCAAGCUUUUCUAAACAAACUGAAUGUAUUUUCAAUCAAAUACCUCCUUUCUGUGAAGAUUGUUUGGCCAAAACACUCCAACAUUGACUGCAAAAACUCAGCACAGUGAAUGUGAAGAAUCCUUUUCACACAUCAAACCACUCUGACAAUAUUCUGAGGGCCGUUGAGGAGAAACACAUGUUACUCACACACCCUUAUCACAUUUCUGUACUUUGAAGUCACUGACGUUGCUGGAUGUGAUACGGACGUGAGGUAAAACCUCAGAUCGCAGAGUGCCUGCAGGGGUUCUGUCCAAGUAGCGUUAACUAUAAAAUCAUGGCUGCCCCCCUGUGGGCUGCAGUCAUCAGAAGCUCGGAGCCACGAAAACAGAGACGCCACCGACAUAAUAACACCGAUAAACCUGGGGGGGGGGUCCCUCCUCACAAAGGUUGCUAUGGGGAGCCCAUGUUUCAAUGUGCUGCCCUGCGUCACCAUGGUGACCCCACAGGAUGAGUGCUGCACACAAAAACUGCUACUACAUACGCUUUUUUUUUUUUUUGCAGAUUUAAAACGGACUCCAAUGUAAGGUUAUGGGAUAAUUGUGAAUAGUGCACUUUGGGUGAAUAUUGUGACAUUUGGGUUAGCCGUCUUUGUAAUAUUUGCGUCAAGACUUGGUGGGUCUUGACAGGCCGUUCAUGCUGACACUUACACGGUCUUACAGCAGCGCAGUCUGAAGAGGUGGGGGACUCGACUCACGUGGCUUGAAGAGAGUCAGACUUGAGUCACAGAUUCAAGGACUUGAGACUUUGUUCGUCCAACGCCGAUUUAAGACUUGACUUUGACUUGGAAUAGCAGCAGAUAGCAGCAAAACUCUCUUGGCUGACAUUUAGCAGCUUUGACCUGGCAAUUAAGAAUGGAAUGCCCAAGCGCCGUCGUUCCAAGUGGAACGUGGCCCAGAUAAACAGGUCCGGUGUGGGCCGGAUCUUGAAACAUGACUGGGACGCGGCAGACCAGUAGGGGCUAACAUACUGUGAAGUCCAGGAACAUAUUGUCAAUAAAAGGAAUAAAAAAAAAAACAAAAAAAAACAGCAGUAUGCAAUAUGUGAAGCCCGAAAAUCUGUCUUACUUACUGCCAUUUUGUCUAACUUGUUGGCCACCUUAUUUGCAAAUGAUAGCUCGACAACAAGGGUUUUCUUACAGACUGUCACACAAUGUAAAACAUCAGCAAGAUUUAAAAUGUGUUAACAGGCUGCAACAGUUAUCGUCAGAGAUUUCAUCACCACUUUUCAUUUAGAGGUGCAAUAUGUAAGAAUUAUGCUUUCAAACAUUCAUUUUUUAACUGAAACCAUCAGCAGAAUCUUGUAAUGCCACUCCAAGCUCCCAGCGCUCACCACUAGCUGCUCGGCUAACUGUAGUGGCUAAUGGUUACUCUGCUGACACGAUGGUUAGCUGGAACACAUUUGAGCAUAUCUGUGGUUUGGAGAAAUGUAAAAUGCCAACAUUUUGUUCUGGCGAUUGAUCGUCGUCAUCCAGACACGCGAUGUACAAGCUGUAGAUGACACGAGGAUACUUGGUGAGACAAUUUUAGAAUAAAUCGAAUGUCUGUGAUUUAUUUUCAUUUUUUUUGUAAACAGUGCGAGAUGAGAGGGAAAAUGAAGUCAAAGUGAAAUCAGUGAAUAAAUAUUUAUCAGAAAACAA